AGAGCGGAGACAGCCACGCGCAGUGCGGGAUGAGCGCGCAGGAUUACGCAUGCGUGACGGUGCGGGGGCGCGCGCCCUGGGGCUUCCAGCUGCGCCAGAGCGACACGGAGCCGCACCGAGGCGUUCACGUGCACCAGGUUGAAGAAGACAGCCAUGCAUCCAUAGCUGGUCUGUGUGAGGAUGAUGAACUUGUGUCUGUUAAUGGAGUAUCCUGCUCCAGCCUCAGUCUCCCUGAGGUUAUUGUUCUCAUUGAGAAAGCCACUGACUGCCUACAACUGCUUGUAAAAAGAUGCCGUUCAUACCUUCAACAGAAGUCUGAGUCAGUUAACACCACACCCCAGGCUUCCUGGAGGGAACUGAGGGAACCCUACAAAUCUGAGAACCCGGAUGAGGCACAUUACAGAGGGACAAACAAUGAUACAGAGUGUCCUGCAGGAAAAACCAUGGUCCGAACCCAAUUUUGCAUUCCAGCCCCCAAGGACAGAGCUGGACCGAACAAAUGUGACUCUAGUGAUGGAGCACCCAGGUUAGAAAUCACACCAGGGGGGGUAGUGGAACUGCAGUUGUUACUCUCGCAGACCACCCUGGAAGACCCUGGCUGUACCUCAUUAGGAAGUGCUCUUGGAGUUAAAGGAGACCUGUGCCAUCAAAUAAACACUGAAAAUGACAAUGUUAAAGCCAGUGCACCAGUCUCUACUUUCUAUAUACCAUUGCAUGAAAGAGAGCCUCUGGGUCAGCGGGGUGUGCUUGUCAGUUCUCCCUCUGCUUUACUGGGACAGGUGGAAGUCACCAUACAGCCGUCUGGGAGGGACUCUGGAAGAGAAAGAGUGGGGGCUGGUGGGACAGAAGCAACAGCUAAUGAACAACAGGAUUAUGAUGAGGGAGAAGGAGGGCAAACCGGCGAAGAUCCCACCUCCUUCACGGUCUCCUUCGGAAUUCCAUCAGAACAGGAGGACUCUGAGUCAGAGAAGGAGCUCAACAAGCCCAACAAGCACCGGGCAAGGCAUGCCAGGCUCAGACGAAGUGAAAGCCUGUCUGAGAAGCAAGUGAAGGAGGCCAAGUCUAAAUGCAAGCGUAUAGCUCUCCUCCUGACUGCUGCUGCAACCAACCCAAAUAAUAAGGGGUUGUUAAUGUUCAAGAAGCAUAGACAAAGGGCCAAGCAGUACACACUUGUAAGCUACGGAACUGGAGAGAGUGAACCAGAAUUUGAUGACGAAGAUGAUGAAAACCUUGACCAGGAAACACAUGCUGUUGAAUUUACAGUUCUAGCUACCAGCGAAACUGAAAUUGAUGAAGAUUUUUUCACAAAUUCCUCAGGCCACAAAAACAUUGUAACUUUUGAUUUGGAUACUGGACUGCUUGAGAUAGAGCGCAAGCUUCACAAUCAAGAGGAUAUGAAUGCACUCCCUGAAACUAAGGGCAAAGGGGCCCUGAUGUUUGCACAGCGCAGGCAACGUAUUGAUGAAAUAUCAGCUGAACAUGAAGAGAUGAGAAGUAAAGGGAUUCCUGUUGAGGGUAUACAGCAAGCCGAGAAAAAUUACCAAGAGGUGAAUCCGCCAUCCUGCAUUCAGACUAAUGACAACCAGAAUUUUAUGGAUGUAAAUGUGCACCAUCAACAGCAACAGCAACAACAACAACAACAACACCUGUACCAGCAAUACCAAGAGCAGCAGCAUCAACAGCAACAGCAGCAUCAAUAUCAAGAAUAUCAACAGCAAAUGCAGUACCAUCAGCAGCAACAGCAUUAUCAGCAACAGCAAGAAUGUAUGCAGGGGCAACAAUAUCAGUCUCAACAGUACCACCAACAACAACAGCAGGUACAACAAUACUUUCAAAAUGGUGUGUCUAGUCACCAAACAAAUGUAGUGCAAUCAUCAGUCAUUAAUAGAAGUGCCAAACCAUUUUCAGUUCAGAAUAGAGAAGCAGUCCAAUUUUCCCCUUCUGCAAACCAAGAGCAGUCUUAUUAUUCUCAAGGACAGGUGGAACAAAUUGCUUCCAGAGAUGAGCGAAUUUCUGUACCUGCAAUCAAAACAGGGAUCUUACAAGAUACUAGAAGAAAGAACAAAGCUAAACCCAUGUUCACUUUUAAAGAGCCUCAAAAAGUUGCUCCAAAUCCAGAGUUGCUGAAUCUUCUCAACAGGAAUGAAAGGAAGACAGGCUUUGAUUCAGGCACAGAGGAGGAUCAUCUAAGCCUGGGUGCAGAAGCCUGUAACUUUUUACAAUCUACUAAAUUAAAGAACAAAACCCCACCACCAGUUGCUCCUAAACCUCACAUGCACCCAGGCACUCCUCCAUGGUCACCACAACCAGAAACUGCAAAUCAGCAAUUUCAUCAAGAUGCUGAAAAUAACACUCCUGUAACUACCAGGGAUCCCGUCCCUGCAAUGGAGUCUUCAGCCAUAUUAGAGGAAGAGCCCUCCAGAGCACCUGCUUCUGAUCAACAAGAAGCUUCUAUCAAACUCAACUCACAGGUUCAAGCUGAAGCAGUCGAAACAUGGGGUCUAUCUGAGACACAAAUACAAUCAGGUCAGCAAAUAGAUUCUUGGCAUGAGAAUCAAUCCCAGCCACAGUUACAUGCAAAACCAGAACCAGUUGUUAGCUCUUGGGCUCCACAUUCAACGCAGGCUACUGAACAGUCACCAGUAACUAACUGGGGACCAGCUAAUGUUCCGUCACAAGUCCUUGCCCAGAAUCAGUCACAGAUGCAGCCAGCUUGGGUGACACAAUCUCAAGUCCUAUCAGAAGUGCAACCAUCAUCAUCUGUUCAAACACAGUCACAGGUCCAGCCGUCUUGGUUGACACAAAGUCAACUCCAACAUCAACCCCAGUCUCAGUCUCAAAUGAAUACAUGGGUAACAGCUCCAUCUCAAUCACCACACCAACCCCCAUGGGCCCAAAGUCAAGGUCCAGGACAGCUGUCUGUGAAUUGGUCCCAAGAUCAAGAUCAGCCCCAAGUCCAGCCAUCCUGGGCCCAACAACAACAACAAGAAUCUCAACCAAUACCACCUUGGACAGCCUCUCAACAGCAUCCUCAGUCACCUUGGAUUCAACCUCCAAGCCAACCACAGCCACAACCACAACCAGCUUGGGUCUCGCAAAACCAACAGCAAACUCUGCCACAACCACCUUUAAAUACAUGGAAUCAAUCUCAGAGUGUAGUUCAAACACAGCCUUCAUGGACUCAUCAAGCUCAACCAUCUUCUCAGACUCCAGCACAAAUGCAGCAGCCACAGAACCCUUGGACUUCACUACCACCACAGCCCCAACCACAACCAACAUGGGCACAGCCACAGCAAACAAUGAAUUCAUGGGCAACAGAGCAGAACAAAACACAGCCAUCUUGGAAUCAGACACAAUCUCCAGUUCACACACAACCUACAUGGUCUCAUCCAUCUCCACAACAGACACUUCCACAGUCUCAGUCUCAAACAGUUUUAAGUACAUGGACACCACAACCCCAGCAAAGUCCACUCGUGGGUUCUAAUGAAAGUCAUAAGCUGUCUCAGCCAUUCAAAUCUUGGAGUCCACCUCAGACCACUCAAACUCCUCCUCCACAUCAACUGAACUUAAAUACACCCAGAACAAAGGUACCUUCACACAUGCCAGCAGGUAAAAUGCCUGGAAUGGGUUCAGCUUUUGAGAUGCCAGCCUUGCGAGGGAAAGGUGCUGAACUUUUUGCCAAGAGGCAAUCCAGAAUGGAAAAGUAUGUGGUGGAUUCUUCUACAGUGCAAGCUAACAAGGCAAGAUCUUUGUCACCUUCUCCUUCUUUACCAGCCUCAUGGAAAUAUUCACCUAACUGUCGUGCUCCUCCACCUUUGGCAUAUAAUCCACUACAGUCACCCUCGUAUCCACUAAGCGCUGUCAAGCAGCCUCCCUCUUCCAGCUCUAAUGCAAAGAGCAAAAAUAAAGCAACAGAGAAAGGGAAACCUGCAUCCAAACCACUUAAUGUUUUGGAUGUCAUGAAGCAUCAACCUUACCAACUAAAUUCUUCUCUUUUCACCUAUGGGCCAGCAGCAGAAAAACUUGCUGCAGAAAAAGAAGCAGCUCAAAAGCUUGCUGCUCAAAAAGCAGCUGAGAUCCAGGCUCAAACCGAAUCCCAAGUUCAGCCUCAAGUUCCUGAUCCCUAUGCUUUUAUACCACAACAACCACAGCCACCACAGCAGCCAUAUGCUAUGCCCAUUUCCUCUCCUGCUAUGCAUGAUGGCCCAUAUCACCACAAUCCCAACAACUAUCAGCCCACACAGAAUGCUUAUCAACAAGACCCCUAUCAGCAAAUAUACAAUCAACCACAUGCUUACCAACAACCUCCUUCCAACACUUACCAGCAUCCACCAAAUAUUCCCUACCAGCAGCCCCCUUCAUAUCAAGCUGGUCCAUAUCCAGCUUCCCAAGCACCAUGCUAUCAACCAACUCCAUCUUCUUAUGUAGUGCCACCUUGUCCAGUAACAGAAAGAGCAGAUUCAGCUACUGGAAGUAGCGUUCUUGCUGCUCCAAAACCAAAGUUCUCAGCCAAGAAAAGUGAUGCACAGGCACUUGGACGAAGCUCAUCCCUAUCACCACCAGUUAGACUGUCACCAAUGGGCCUUGGUUCAAGGUCUGCAUCUGUUUCCCCUUCACCCACGCCAUCAUCUCACGCAACCUACACUUCUCGCUCAACAGAGAGACAGAUAUUCUGGCAGGAGAAGGGACGCAAGCCUCCAACCCCAUGGGAGGCAGCGUCACGCCACCCACUGGGCCUAGUUGAUGAAGCCUUUGCCCACCAGGACAUGCACCACUCCAUUGCUUCGAAUCUGCGCUCAGCAGCCAAUCGCAGAAUGCUACCUGAACCUCCAGCCGAGUGGAAGGCCAAGGUGGCAUAUGAUCCUCCACCAAAAAGCCAGGGAUGGAGAAUGAGUCAGUCGUCUUUCUCUUUCCUUUCCCCAACCAAAAGCACAGCAUCUGCCCCUGCUUCUCCUGUACCAUAUGGCUCACAUUUGAGACAGUCUCAGCCACCUAGAUCUAUGACUGAGGCCAGUCUUGGUUCCUCUAUGUCUGGGCCACAGAACAGAAGAUCUCUGGGACAGUCCAUAUAUAGAAGCACAUACAGUAACACCUUGAGAUGGUAAAUUUAUGGUAAUUUUAGUUCUUGGGUUUCAAAAGUCAAAUAUAGGAGGUAUUGAAUAAUUUUGUAUAGAGUUGAUUUUUAAAAGUAUCCUUCAAAGAAAUUACCAGUCGCGAUAAUUUCUAAGAAGUAUAAAAGCAGUUUGUUGAAAUGUUGUGAGUAAUUUAGAAAAGUUUGAAAGAUGGAAAUGUUAGGUGCAGAAUAACAGUUGGUUUAGGAGCUGGUAAGGUGGCAUGAAUUUCAAAUGCUUGAAAUAUUGCUAUACUUCAAUAACGUAAUUCAGUAUGAUGCCUAUACAAUAAGUAAAUACAGUAUACUACUGCCAGCUUUGUUAACGUGUUUUCAUACAGUAUACAAAAAAUUAAUCUUAUAAAUAAUGAGGCCUACUGAUAAAAGACUGAUGAGGCAAGAUAAGAGAAAUUAGUGACAUAUUAAAUUCACAUUCCUAAAUUUUCUACAUAACAUAAGUGACAUGCCUAUAAACCCAAAUCUGAGGGGAAAUAACCCCAAAUUUCGGAAACUAAGUUUAAUAAUUAUUUAAAAUGGCCUAUGUUCAACAUUAACUAAUGAAAUUUUUACUUGUGCACUUAAUACGAACUAACAGUCAAUGUAAAUUAGGCCAACUCUUAUAGGAAAUGGAGUGUUACCAGAAUGUAUUUUUCAUAUAGGUAUACACAAAGCAUUUUUCUUCUCAUAGGGUUGAAAAUGCAUGCAUUCAUUCACCAUGUGUUUAUAUGAACUGGUAGUUUAUUACAAGCUUGUGAAAGUUUUCUUUUUGUGUGUCUAUGAAUUUAUGUGAAACCAUUUUUUUUUUACAUUGUUGACAAAUUAUAUGAUAGACAGGUGACAAAUCAAAAAAAGAAAAAACAGCAAAAAGUAGUCUUAAUAAUACUGUAUGCUGGGUCAUUGUAAACCAUGCACUUUGGCUAGCUAUGCACUUUUGGCAUCAUUUUACAAGACAUUCCCUUAGUUGGUGUUUUGUUCGCUUAGAAGGUGCCAGCUAACACUUUGGAACCGAACAUUCCCUUUAAUUAUGCUGAUGUAGGAUUUAAAUUUUUUUAUCCCUAUCAAACCAUUCACCCGUCAAGCCCUGACGAUGGGGGCGGAGUUAUUCUAAAAGAAACAUCUCCCAUGCGGAGCUAAAUGUAAUCAGUCAGAGUAACACUUCCAUGAUUUUUGUUAUCCUAAUGUUUUCUCUUUAAUCUGUUUACUGUUUGUGGUUGUUACAUAAAUCAGACUUUUAUGUUUUACAUGAGGUGUGUCGAUGUUGUCAGAAUUACUUGAGAAUCCUAAGUGGAGUUGAAGCUACCAAAGCCCCCGUAGCCAUUUUAUUCCAUUUAUGUGCGUUUCAAGCCUCAGCAAAUCAUGUGUUUGUGUGAAAUUACUUUAGCACACAGUUUAGUUCGUUAAGAGUGGAAACUUGUUUUUAUGUUUUUUUUCCUUCUUUCUUUUUUUUUCACAGGUUUUUUUUUUUUUUUUUUUUUUUACCAAUUUACCAACACUGCAUGCUCUCGCACUGUGUUUGAUGCAAAAGAUUUGCAUUAGUCACCAAAAUUAAAAAUGUAUAGUUUAUCAAUUGUUAGGUAGCUUUACACUUCCUUUGCAAGAGACAACAUUUGUGAGGAAAACACUUCUGAAUGCACAAUUAAACUGAAAUUUAAAGUUCA